AAUUCCUUGAAUUCCUUGAAUAUGCUGGCACCCACAUGAAAAACUACAAGUUCUCCCAGCAUGCACUUCUUCCGUGUUCCCAUCAUGCCGUUCAGGGGAACAUGGCCGCAGCCUGACAGUAACAUUGAAGUCGCUCAGCUGAUUUGUUGAACUGUUUGUGGAUAAAUGUUAAAUUUUGUUUGCGCAUCAUGCCGAAGUAUUACGAGGACAAAGAGGACGACGACAGAGCAUGCGCGGGGAUCAGAGAGGACUUCAAAGCGUGUCUGCUUCAGCACGCCUGCGUGGUAAAGGAGGGGAAGCUGCCCAGCGAGUGUUUGAAGGAAGGCCACUGCAAAGCGCUGCAGACGGCGUUCUUUGAGUGCAAGCGGUCGAUGCUGGACUCGAGGUCGAGGUUCAGAGGAAGGAAAGGAUUCUGAGGACACUGGACGAGCAGCUGUUAAUACUAACGAUGAUGAAGAAGAAGAAGUCUGUGUGUGUCAGGACUGCUGCUCCUGACUCGUGGAUUCCUGGCUCUGAUGAUGGAGCGUGUCAGGAUGAGUGUGUGAGUGUAAAAUGAAAAGCGAUAAAUAAAAUGUAAAGACGUUUCUAUAAAA